AUGGUUCCCACGGGAUUGUUAUUACUUCUGUCUGCCUGCUGCGUUUCCCUGGCAUCCGCCGGAUUUGGCCUGGGCUUCGGCGGCGGUGGCCUUGGUUUGGGAGGUGGUGGCGGUGGUUCCUCUGCCCAAGCAAGUCUUCCUGGCCUGAAUCUGGGUGGCGGAUACAAUGGUGCAUCCCUCGGAGCACAAAGCGCUGGAUCUUCUGGAUCAAUUUUGCAUCAGGCUGCCAACGGCCUGCUGAACGCUGCUGGAACUGGAGCCAAUGUAGUCCACUCUGCGGGAUCAACGGCAGCCUCUCACGGAGCUCAGGCCGCCAAUGGACUGCUGGGAGCGGCAGGAUCUGGAGUAAAUGCCGUUCACUCUGCAGGAUCGACUGCCGCCUCUCACGGAGCUCAGGCUGUAAACGGACUUUUGGGAGCGGCAGAAACUGGAGCCAAUGCUGUUCACUCGGCAGGAUCCACUGCCGCCUCUCAUGGAGCUCAAGCAGUAAACGGAAUUUUAGGAGCGGCAGGAUCUGGUGUCAAUGCUGUUCACUCGGCAGGAUCGCUUGCGGCAGAUCACUUGCACAAUGCGGCCACGGGAAGUACUGGAUCCGGAUCAGCCUCGCUGGGAACUGGGCAUUUGAGUGUCGGAGCCACGGGAAAUUCAGACUCUGCUUCCUUGCAUGCCGGUCACUUGAGCAUCGGAUCCUCUGGCAACAGUGGAUCAAACUCGGGACACUUAAGCAUCGGAUCUUCCGGAGCAACCGGUUCCCAUUCCGGUCAGGCGACCAUUGGAGCUGCUAAUGCAGUGCUGAAUGCAGCGGGAACUGGAGCUUCAGGAUCAACAGCUGCCUCCCAUGGAGCUCAAGCUACUAAUGGUCUUCUCGGAGUGGCUGCAACUGGUGCCAAUGUGGUUCACUCUGCAGGGUCAGUUGCUGCCUCUCAUGGAGCUCAGGCUGCAGAUAAAGUGGCCAGUGAAAUUGCUAAUAGUGCUUCGUCUGGUUCCGGCCACUUAACCCUUAAGACCGCUGGAACUAGUGGAUCCAACGCUGGUCACCUGAGCAUCGGAUCUUCUGGGAUUUCCGGCUCCAGUUCACUGCACGCCAAUUCUGGCUCAGCCUCGACUACUUCCGGAACUCAUUCUGCCAAAAUAACUACCGGGCAGGCCAAUAUUGGCUCUUCGUCAACUGGUUCCCAGCAUUCCGGAUCUGUACACGCUGGUUCUGCCAAGAUCACAGCUGGACAGGCCAGUAUCGGAUCCUCUGGAAGCAAGGUGGUUAGUGCUGGUCCCCUCAGUUCUGGAGUCACUGGAGCUAGUGCAAUGAAAGCUACGUUCACCUAUCACAAGGCAGAAUCCUCGAAGGUCUCGGCCGGACAUGAAACAACUUACUCUUCCAAGACCGAAUCAUCCAAGGUCAGUGCUAGUCAUUCCCAUAUCAGUUCUGGAUCCGCAACUAUUGGAGCCUCCGGAACUCAAGCGGGAUCUGCCCAUAUCAAGACGGAACACAAGAAAGUCGAAUCAUCAGGAUCCUUGCAUGCCGGUUCGGGCUCCGCUUCUCUUGGAGCUGGUCAUCUGAACAUCCAAUCUUCUGGCGCUACCACUUCCGGAUCGUCCCAAACGGCCUUAACCUCGGGAUCUCAUGGAGCUGGACACUUGAGUAUUGGCACUUCGGGUUCUACUGGCUCUGGUUCAGCGUCCCUCGGUGUUGGUCAUCUGAGCAUUGGAGCUACUGGAGCAACUGGUUCCAGUGCAAAGGGAUCUUCGGACAUUGGUUCGGCUGGACAUUUGGCCAUCGGAUCAUCCGGAGUCUCAGGAUCUACUGGUUCUGGAGCGGGAUCUUCGAAGAUCAGUGCCGGACAUUUGAGUAUCGGUUCCUCUGGAAACAGCGCCUCCAGUUCGUUACAGAACAAUGCUGGAUCCAUUUCCCUUGGAUCUGGUGGCCUGACAGUUGGAGCUAAUGGACACAAAUCCAGCACCGCUGGAUCAGUUGGAUUAACGGGUGCCCACGAGGCCGCUUCUUUGGCCCAUGGAGUUACCAGUGGAUUGCUGGGACCUGCUGCUGGUUCGGGAAGUCUCUCUCUGGGAGGCAAUAGGGCAUCCCUAGGAUCGAACGGAGGUGGUGCCACCUCAGGAGGUUAUCAUACGGGAAGUGUCAGUCUCGGUGGAAACGGCCUUAGCCUGGGAGGAAAUCUCGGCGGGAGUUCUGGAAGUGCCGGUCUUGGAUUUGGCGGCGGUCACAUUGGAGGAUCCAUUAAUCGAGGUGCUGGUCUUUUCCUUGGCUAACUUUAGUUAUCCUUACACUUUAAUUUUUUGAAGUAUUCCAUA